AUUUCCUGAAUAUUCAACGGAUGAUGAGAAGGGAGAUCUCUGUAUAUCAGAAAAAUUUGUCCAAGGGUGGGCCGAAGUGGGCUGCUUCUGUUUUGUUUACAAGAACUUCCUUGCUAUCCCUUGUCUGUUCACGGCGAUAUUAAAGUGCAUUAUUGGUUAAUUAACUUCCACCAGUUUAGGCAACCAUAUACUAGGUUUGCUGCUUAGCCUCACUCUGAUUCUAAGCGAGUCCCGGCAUUCAAAAAGUUGGUGGUGUCAAUCUGGAAAUGUGGAUAUCCACAAUGAUUUUUCAGUGGAAAGUGCUGCCUAACUUGAUCGGUUCCCCGCGGCAAUUGGGGACAUUGUUGUGUAUCAAUAUUCUGCACUUCAUAUAUCUGCUACUUGCCAAAUGAAUGGUUAGAUGAAGAGACUGGUACUUUCUUCAUCCGCUAGAAGAAUGUUCUGGUCUUUGAAAAUUCCUACUCUACCCUCGGCUGCGAGAAGCUCACCUGUGACAUCUCCCGUCCCAUACCUCUCCUAUCCACCAGGAUUGGGAGUCAACUUUGACGAUGUAAUGAGCAAUUGGGACGAACUGCCGCCGGAGCGGAGAAAGGCUGGUGACCAAUGGUCCGCUGUGAUUAACCCGGACAUAGAGAAUAACUGGGAGAUAGACCUGCUCCAUAGCCUGACGCAUGACAGUAUUGUCAACUGUGUCCAGUUCAGUAGGGAUGGAAAAUAUGUUGCUGUUGGAUGCGCGGAUGGCACCGUACGAAUAGUCGAAGUUUCAACCGGAGCUCAGGUGGCCCGUCUCCAAGAUGACGACCACAGUCACGACUGUCUCUGCGUAAGAGUGAAGUUUUUGCCGGAUAACUAUCUUCUACUUACAGCGCACUGCGAUGGUAAUAUCCGCAUUUGGAAUUACAUGGGAGGCCUUCUGCGGCGGAUCCCUUGUGGCAGUGAAACUGGACUCUUCACUCUAGAUCUUUCGGCCAAUGGCCACCUGCUUGCAUUUUCUGAGAGGAACAAGACUGUCAAUGCUUGGGAUCUGGAUGCAGCAUCUGAUAUUCGCCAGCUUGACACACUCCACACAGCUGAUGAUGUUUAUACCGUCGCUGUGUCUCCCGACUCGUGUUACAUCGCUGCUGGUUGCGACGAUGGGAUGAUCUAUGUCUGGCGCGUUGCACCGCUAGAUUCUGGUGCUGCCAGCACGAGUGGAGCACAAAUAGAGAAAGUAUUGGAGUUUCAGGCCCAUGAUGAGAACGUCAUGGCUCUUUCAUUCACCCCAGAUAGCCGAGAUAUCAUCUCCGGUGGAAUGGAUGGAACUACAAAGCUAUGGAAUAUUGGAUCCCUGAAAACCUUUGUCAACGAAGAUAUAACGCCCAGCGACUGUACCUUGAUAUACAAAGCGCAUCAGGAUAUGGUCUUGAGCGUCUCCCCAGAUCCCACAGGCAGAUGGCUCCUGAGCGGCUCAAAGGAUAUGGCUGUGUAUCUCUGGGACAUCGGCACUGGUGUUGCUGAGAUGCGGCUUGGGGCUCAUGAAAACUCAGUUUUAGGUAUUGCAUGGAGUCCUACAGAUAAUAUUGUAGCGACUGGGGGCGGCGAUCGCGUUCUUCGGUUAUGGCGUCUAUAUAGUAUUAGUCAAUAGUACUGUGGUGCGCUUAAGAAAGUGGAGUUCUAUUACGGCAAUCCUUCGUCAACUAUACUUUCAUACCCUUCCUCUGUGUAUAUCUUGCUCGUGCUCUAUGUAGAUACGUUGAUCUGUUAUACUCUCCAGAAACACUACCCUCGGCAAACUAUAUAAGUAUAUAAUUUACAGAUAGUCU